AAAAAACUAGAGAUAGAGAGAGAGAGAGAGGAGUAGAAAAAUGAACAGAGACCUCUCAAAAGGAGCUUUGCAAGUGAUAAAAAAGCAGAGGAAGAUAAGAUUGAUCUGAGCUUGGAUUGUUCGUUCUUUGUUCGACUUCUUUGGAUUGAUUUGUGUUCAAGAGUCACUGUUUUUAUAGAUAGAGAGAGAUAUGCUUCUAUUUGACCUAUAAUGGAGACGCCACCAGCGGAGGAGCUUCUAAGGAAGAUCGAAGACUUGGAGGCGGCACACGCGCACCUUCAAGAUGAGAUGUCUAAAUUUAAAGUCUCCGAUGCUAACCGUUGGGAGCAGCAUAAGCAACAGCAACAGCAACGGCAGAGGUCGCAUUCCAUGUCGCCGCAACGGUCGGGGCCGAGGAGGAGAGGCGGUGGUAUAGAAGUAGAUUCUAUCGCCGGCUGGAAGAAGAAUUCGGCGUCGUUCAGGCAUUCUUCUCCACUUCAAAGAGAAAGCAGGGGAAGUCACGAUACAGUGAAUGAUGUGAAUAAUGCUAGUGACGGAGGAGCUAAUAGGGGCGGUGGAGGUAAUAGUGGACCUUCUGCUGUGAAUUUCACUGAUAGACAGUACUUGAAUAUAUUGCAGUCCAUGGGACAGUCUGUGCACAUAUUUGACCUUACUGGACGCAUCAUCUAUUGGAACCGAACAGCUGAGCACCUUUACGGUUAUUCUGCGGCGGAGGCUUUAGGCCAAGAUGCCAUUUACCUUCUGAUUGAUCCCCAGGAUUUUUCCGUGGCAAAUAAUAUAGUCCAUCGCGUUUCUAUGGGUGAGAGCUGGACAGGGCAGUUCCCUGUCAAGAACAAACGCGGGGAGAGAUUCAUGGCAGUUGCGACCAAUACUCCUUUCUAUGAUGAUGAUGCUACUUUAGUUGGAAUAAUAUGUGUAUCUAGUGAUUCACGGCCCUUUCAAGAAAUGAAGGUUGGAUUUUCGGGUGGAAGGAACUUGGAAACAGAUUCAAGCUUUAGCCAGCCUAGAAAUCUAGUAACGAGUACACUUGGUCUUGAUCCUCAGCAGCCUUUACAAGUUUCGAUUGCAUCAAAAAUAACAAAUUUGGCAUCCAAGGUGAGCAACAAAGUCAAGUCAAAGAUUCGGACAGGAAACAAUGUCAUGGAUCUUGAAGGAGGGAGUGGAGGUAGCCAUCAGUCUGAUCAUGGAUUCUCUGAUACUGCUCUCUCAGACCACAGGGAGGAUGCUAAUUCAAGUGGAGCUAGUACCCCAAGAGGAGAUGUACAUCCAUCUCCUUUUGGUGUAUUUUCACAUGUAGAUGAGAAAACACCAGUUAAACCCUCCGGGGUUUCUGGUGACGAAGGUGAUGGAAAGCCUGCAAUUCACAAGAUUAUUACCUCCAAGGCAGAAGAAUGGAUUGGUAAGAAGGUUUCAUGGCCCUGGAAAGGUAAUGAACGUGAUGGGCAAGAUGCAAGGAUUACACGUUUUGCAUGGCCCUGGUUGCACAAUGAUCAAGAGAAUGAGUCAAUGAAUGACACGAGUCCUUCUUUUGGUGUCAAAUUGGAAACCCAGUUGAAUGAAAACAAUCGACCCACCAAUAAUGAGGCCUCAGGCUCCUGGACGUCCUCGGCCAAUGUUAACAGCACAAGCAGUGUCAGCAGCUGUGGCAGUACCAGCAGCAGUGCUGUUAACAAGGUGGACACGGACACUGACUGCUUGGAUUGCGAAAUCUUGUGGGAAGACUUGACUAUUGGAGAACAAAUUGGGCAAGGUUCUUGUGGAACUGUAUAUCAUGGCCUGUGGUAUGGAUCAGAUGUUGCUAUCAAGGUAUUCUCAAAGCAAGAAUAUUCAGAUGAUGUUAUACAUUCCUUUAGACAAGAGGUUUCCCUUAUGAAGAGACUUCGACAUCCAAAUGUUCUGUUGUUUAUGGCAGCUGUGACUUCGCCUCAGCGUCUCUGUAUUGUUACGGAGUUCCUCCCCCGUGGAAGUUUGUUUCGCUUGCUACAGAGAAGCACUUCCAAACUAGAUUGGCGACGACGCGUUCAUAUGGCCUUGGAUGUAGUAAGUACUCAAUUAGCACGGGGUAUGAACUAUCUUCAUCAUUGCAAUCCACCCAUCAUUCAUCGUGAUUUAAAGUCAUCGAAUCUUCUUGUUGAUAGGAACUGGACAGUGAAGUUCUCAGCUGCACAGGUUGGUGAUUUUGGCCUGUCUCGUCUUAAGCAUGAAACGUAUCUCACAACUAAGACAGGAAGAGGAACGCCUCAAUGGAUGGCACCAGAAGUUCUUCGUAACGAACCCUCAGAUGAAAAGUCUGAUGUUUACAGCUAUGGAGUGAUAUUGUGGGAGCUUGCCACUGAGAAGAUUCCCUGGGAUAGUCUCAACCCUAUGCAGGUGAUUGGAGCUGUGGGGUUCAUGAACCAAAGGUUAGAGAUCCCAAAAGAUGUGGAUCCGCUAUGGGCUUCUAUAAUCGAGAGUUGCUGGCACAGUGAUGCACACUGUCGGCCAACCUUCCAGGAAAUUCUGGAAAAGCUUAAAGAUCUGCAGAGGCAAUACGCCAUUCAAAUCCAGGCGGCCAGGUCCAUAGCUGGGGAUAGCACCCAAAAGGAGCGAUAGAACCUAAACAUUUGCUUGGCUUGUGUUGUUCAUCAAGCCACUAAAACUGAUUGCCGACCUCUAGUUUUCUGGGGCAGCAGACUAAGAAAGUGAAGAAAUUGCGAGAGGAGGGUGCACAUUCGAGUUCCCUAAUAUUGUGCAGAUUGGUCAAUUCGUGUGAUGCUUGUUUAUUAUUACAACACUAGAAUCUUGAAAAAAAAAUCGGCCAGUGGUGCUGUGUGAUUCAGAGUUGCAGUUGGUGGGGGGGGGGGGGGUGGUGGUUUCUGCCCUUUUGUGAUAUUAUAUUUAUACCACAGAAUGUUGCUAGGUCCACGUAGAAAAGCUGUACAGUAUAUGAUUUUUCAAAUGGUUACAUGUAGAGUGAGAUUGAUUUGUUGUUUCUUUUCUGCAUUGUCUAAUUUAAAAUUUAAAUGGCCA